CUGACAGGGAACACAGAGUCAGCUGGAGCACAAGGAAGCCAGAGUAGAUAGACCUGUAGGAAAACAGAGGGAAAAAAGCAACAGUGCAGGGAGGUAUGAAAUAUGCUGUCGUCAAAAGGACAUGUAAGUUGAAAUAGGGGGUCCUCCAAGCAGUAGCUAAUGACUCGAACGUACGGCACUAAAAGAAAAAAAGACGACAGCUUUUAAGAAACAUGUCCAUCUAAGAUAGGUACGACUGGUCCAGAGACGGCAGCACGGAGCACAAUGGGGCACCCCAAUGUGCCCCUCUCACACAAACACUUGCAUUCCCAGAGGGACAAAAACAGAUCCAGUCGACUGCAACCUUACACACCAAAUGACAACUUAAACAAUGCCUUAGGCGCUAUCAGAGUCCUCGGUGUGGAGCUCAUUGAAGAUGAGCUUAAACCCCAUCUGAACACAGUGAUGGCCAGCAUUAAGGAGAAGAAGAAAGGUGCUGCUGAGCAGGUGGUGAUCAGUGGGAUCUUGCCAAUCCUUGCUCUGAGCCUGAGAAGCAGAGGGCCUCUGAGUGUGCUGACUGCAAAACUAGUGGCUGAACUUGCCAAGGAAUCUGUGAUUCGUAAAGGUUUUGGUGACACAGGCUUGGUUGCAGCUUUGUUGUCGGUCCUGACCAGUUCAGACCAAGAGUUGCUUUUCCACGCAGCGAGGGCCGUCUCACGCAUGUCUUAUGAUAGCUCUAAGCUGCAGGAAUUAUUACUACGCCAAGGUGCGGUGCCUCGUCUUGUUGCCAUCCUGCUCCAGUUUCCUGAUAAGGAGGCCCUGGGGGAUGUGUGCCUUCAGGCCCUCUGUAACAUCAGUGGAAUGGGAUUAGCAGAGGAGGCCGGAAGGGUGUGGGAGAGAGGAGCAUCUGUGAGGCCGGGGGAGUCUGUGUUUCACGGCGUUUCUCCUCACACCUGUGGUUUUGACUCUUCUGUGACUCUGGUGCGUGUGUCUCAGUGGGGGCCAGGUCAGUACGCAGUCAGCAUCGAGGUUUUCCAGCGCUGCUCGUCCUCUUUCUGGAACCUUCAUGGGAACAAACGGACUGCUCACUGGUCCCCCUUUUCCAGCUUUGGAAGCUGCUCAAAUUUGUACAAGCUGAUCAAGUUCUCUACAAGGAAUAUUCCACGGACGAAAAGUCUGAAGACCCGUGUGUUCCACACUUUCCUCUGAAAUCUGGACGCACACAAAUGUCUCUGGGCUCUUCCUGUUUACUUUAAUCAGAAUUUUUGGAUUUCUUCUUUUUGUUUGCAUCUACUUUAUAAGGUUCAAUCAAGGAACUUUAUUUAUUUAUAUGUAUAUUUUCAGAAAUUCUAACCUUUGCAACUACAUGCAUCACGACACGGAUUAGGGAAUUCUGCUGUUUUAGUGCCACAUUGUGCUGUUUAAAUUCGGGCAAUAAGUGAAUCAAGGAUUAGAUCAAAAAUAAAAUACAAAUACUAUAAAUCAUGUUACAUCUAAAACUUUCUAUAGUGAUGCUCUUCAUGUUGAAUUAUUUCACAAGUGCUUGAAAUAAUUGUGAAUUCCUAUUCAAAGGCAGCAAUACUGAUAAUGUUGUUUUCCUAUGUGUUAUCGCUAAUUCAACUUUGUGCUAAAUCUUUGAACGUUUGGAUAUC